AUUGGAUCACACGUGAAAUGGUAUUCCUGAAGUCGCAGAGUCAUGUACGUCGUAAGUCUGACCCUGCGACUCUUGUAGGUGAGCAAGUGCUCACUCACAUCCCCGGCACACCUGUAUAUUUCACAGAUGGAAUACCCAAUCUUAUCACCGAUGCCUAUCAAGGACCGAAGUGGUGACGAGGUUCGGGUGCGACUGCUGACCUUGCGU